GGAAGGGAUUAGUCCGUGAGAAAGUAAAAUGGCGAUGGCGAGCGAGCAACAGGUAAUGCCGAAGGGUACCGAGGAGGGAGCCAAGGGAAUAGAAGGGCUGCCCCCGGAGAGCAGCCCUUACGUGAAGUACUCGGACCUGGAGGACUACAAGCAGCAGGGCUACGGCACCCACGGCCACCUCCCCACCAUCGACACCUCCAGGCACGGCGGCGCCACCGAUGCCCCCACCCUCUCCGGCGCCGGCCUCUCCGAAGGCCAGGUCCGCACCCUCGAUCCCGUCGACCGCCAGAGCACCGUCUAAGCUUUGCUGCAGCUAGCAAGAAGGACCCAUGCAGUACCAGUCAUAACCAAGCUGUGCUCUUUGGCAUGGUUUGUUUAAUAACUUGCUUGAACGUGGAAACAGGCCAUGUUAGUGUUAGUAUAAGAGAGAGUCCGACUACUGAUGCGUCUCUUGUUAUCAUUUUAAAUUAUUGUCAACGUAGCUUUCUUUAUUAAUGCAUCGGAGAACAAAAACCAUUUGCAAAACACCCGUGACCUUCCCACACUCUCUCUAAUGUGCUUCUCUUGAGGCAGUUAUAUCAAUUAAUAGAUACCGGUGGAUAUAUUAAUUUCCA